AUGAAGGCAUUUGAUCGAGAAAGAAAGGGGUGGAAUCAGAAUUCGUUACGAAAUAAUACCGAGAUUCAAAAGUUAUGCACCCACGCUUUGAAGGUUAUUAAUGAGCAUAAGCAAAUACAAAAUGAAAAUACUAAUCUUAUUUCUCAUAACGCACAAAAGGAUAUUUUUAUUGCUGAAUCCAAGGCUGAGAAUGUUACGAAAUCCAAGAAAAUUAAAUCACUCGAGUUUAUGAUCAAGAUAUUGGAAAGUAAGUUGUCUUCAGCCCAGAAAGAUGUGAUUUCGAUUCAAAGCGACUCAUCGAAAAAAGAAUCCGAGAUUUUAUCUCUCAAGUCUAAAAUAGUUGAAGUAGAACAUGAGUUAGCUUCGAAAGCUAUAUCAAACCCCAUACUUGGUGGAGAUGACGAGGGGCAGAGCCCCAUUGUUUCCAAAAUAAAAAAUACGCAAAGCGGGGAACAAA